CUCCUCUGAGGAGCAGAAAGCCCUUGGGUGCUUGAAGAGGCUGCCCCGGCCAGCUGGGCCUCACAACUAACCCGGCCCAGCUCAGUGGCUUCUCUAGCCAGCUUGUAGCCACCCUCAGACACUCCUGAGGAGGGAACAGAGACAGCCCUGCCUUCCAGAGGCGCUCUGCAAUGAGGAGCUAGGAAGCAGAGGCCCAGGGAAGCAGAGCCAUCAUCAGGGCAACAGGGGUGUUCUCAGUGGAGAGACUCCAACCAUCAUGGCAUCUCUCGGCCUGCAGCUGCUGGGUUACAUCCUGGGCUUCCUGGGGCUGGUGGGCACCCUCAUAGCCAUGCUGCUGCCAAGCUGGAGAACAGGUUCCUAUGUGGGGGCCAGUAUCGUCACAGCCGUUGGCUUCUCCAAAGGCCUCUGGAUGGAGUGUGCUACCCAAAGCACUGGCAUCACUCAGUGUGAUAUCUACAGCACUCUGCUAGGGCUGCCUGCAGACAUCCAGGCUGCUCAGGGCAUGAUGGUAGCUUCGAGCACCAUCUCCUCUCUGGCCUGCAUCAUCUCUGUGGUGGGCAUGAGGUGCACUGUCUUUUGCAAGGACUCCCCAGCCAAAGACAGGGUGGCAGUGGUGGGCGGAAUCUUCUUCCUCCUAGGAGGCCUCCUGGGUUUCAUCCCUGUCGUCUGGAAUCUCCACGGGAUCCUCCGUGACUUCCACUCACCACUUGUGCCUGACAGCAUGAAGUUCGAGAUCGGAGAGGCCCUCUAUCUUGGCAUCAUCUCCUCCCUCUUCUCCAUGGUGGGUGGCACCAUCCUCUGCUUCUCUUGCCCAGCCCGGUGGGGCAGCCGCUCUGCCUACUAUGGCGGUUACCAAGCUCAGCCCUUGGCCACCAGGGCCUCCCCUCGGCCAGGCCAGUCCACAAAGGGCAAAAGUGAAUUCAACUCCUACAGCCUGACAGGGUAUGUGUAAGGAGUGGCUUGCCAGGGUGGGGGGAGUGGGCCAUGGUGGGAGGGCCAGCCCCGUGGCUCUCCGCUGACACUGGGGAGAGACAUUUCCAUCUGUUCAAGUCAAAAGGCAAUGCUAAAGAAAGGACGGACAUCGGGGGUCCCUUGGGUCUGACCAGGGGUAGCUGACACUGCAGGCCUUCCCACAGGCCUCCCUCCUCAGCCAGCAGCCCCCUCCCUAUCUCCACCCUGCCCUUUUUCUCCCCAGUCUACAGGCCCCGACCCAGUUCCCUAGCCUCCCCACCUCUCCAGAAGGCCUUCUCAGCUCAAUGGACUGAAGUCUCACUACUUGAACCUCACACCCCUCCCCACAAAACUCCUUCCAAGGCCAUAACCAGACUGGUGGAGAG